GCCGAGCCCUGGGCAAGUGGUGCGCCCACAAGCCCAGCGGCACAUCAUGGAUCAAUAGGGCGGACCGCAAGGCGCGCAGGCAAUGCGGUAUCCACAAGGGUUCUGUUUACAAAGGGACCCCGCCACCCAAGAACCUUGUCAAGCUUGCUGAUGGUCUCGCUUCGGUUCGGGAGGAGGCACUCGCCAAGCAGGUUGCUGAGUUGCAGGGGAAGAAGAUGGCCAAGCUCAAGGUGUCACCACCUACGCCUUCAGCUGAGCCGCCUCCGUGGUCCCAAGCAGGUGACAGCGACAUUGAUCAGAAGCGCGCUCGCCUGGCCAAGUUGGGUCGCAGCCUGGCCGAGCUGGACGACGAAGGUGAUGCAGCCGAAGAACGCAUCACCAGUCAGUUGGCAGCCGCCAAGCCCCAAGAGGCCAAUGCGGCCAACCUCAACAACAGGCGACGGACCUCCAAGGCCAAGCUCGCGGGCCUCGCAAAUAAGGAGCGCGCGGCCGAGGAGGCAGUGGCGGCUGCCCAGGCGUUCAUGCAUGGGCUCGAGGCGACGAUGCAGCAGUUUGACACAGCGCUGCGAUCCUUGGGCGCCAGUGAAAGUUUUUUGCAGCGGGCGCGCGUGCGAUGGCUGAGAUGGCGCAGAGGCUCAAGUCGCAACGCGAUGGGCCCGCUCAGUCUGUUCCAGAGCCUGGCGAACCAUUACCUCCAACACCUCCUGCAGAACGGGAGGCUGGCCGCGCCGACGGCAUGGAAGUGGAUGAGGGGGCUCAGGCAACAGCGCACGUUGGCACCAUGGAUGAUGCUACUCUUCGUGCUGGAGACAUGUGGAGACAGCGCAGCAGAGCAGGCACCAGUCGACGGACAUGAACAGGAUGAGGCGAAGACGGAGCAGGAGUUGCGCGAGCAACUCAAGCGUCACCUCACCGCCACGUUCACG